AUGAUUGCUAGUACCAGUUUCACCGCUGCCAAAAAAAUGAAGAUCUCGGUAACGCGGGGAAAAAGAAUUCAGGAACUUCCCGAUGAAGUCACUAUAACUUUUUCUUAUGAAGAUGCAGCCGGCAUCACCCUACCACAUAACGACGCUCUGAUCAUCACUGUGUCCAUUGACUACUUCCAAGGAACACCACUGGAGUGGGUGAGAUGCAACAAAAGCACGCAUUAUAGAGAUUAUAUGAAGAGAACCGAAUCAUAUGUGUAUGAUGUCCUAAGUGUCAUUGACGAUCAUCGACAUCUCACCAUCAAAUCCUGUCGAGCUCUAGUUUAUAGUGGUGACCAUGACAUGGUUGUUCCCCAUUUGAGCACGAAAGAAUGGAUUGACACUUUGAAGCUGCCGAUUCUAGAUGAUUGGGAGCCUUGGUUUGUUGACAUGGUCAAAUACAAGGUGAAGUAUUCACAAAAUGAUUAUAAGUUGACAUAUGCAACUGUUAAGGGUGCAGGUCAUACACCUCCUGAAUACAAGUCGGAACAAUUUCUGCCCAUGGUGAUAGGUCAAAAUUGUGAAGUGAGAGAUAUGAUCACAAAUUUUUUCAAGCCUCAAACGACUUCAGAUUCUCCUCCGCUAAACUCUCGACAAAGUCCAGUUAUUCACAACGUCGAUGAUGCCAAUCCUUCUCGACCAUCAGGUAAAGACAAGAUGUUGAAUUUGGCUCCUCUUGAAUCCGAUCCCGCUAAAAGAAAACAAAUGUCAUCUUAUUUUCCUAAUCUACGUGAUAGAGUGAGGAGAUAUUACAUUAACAAGGGUCUAUGUAAACCUGAUGAUCAUUUUGUUUUUCCAGUAACAUAUUUUGGUGUAAAACCACGUUCUUGUCAUUCUGAUUGGUUUGGCACUUCAUAUUCUGGAUGGUUAGAAUACAACAUUGAAAAAGAUGCAGCUUUUUGCUUAUGUUGUUACUUGUUUAAAAAUGAGACGGGAGGAUAUGGAAAACAAGUAGGCGAUCCAUUCACAGUGGAUGGUUUCAGAAGUUGGAAUAAGGGUUUAGCAAGACUUAAUAAACAUGUGGCUGAAGUGAAUAGUGUUCAUUAUUGGUGUUUCAAGAUGAUGUUAGAUUUAGAUAAUCAAGCACAAUAUAUUCUAACUUGUUUUGACAAGGAAAAUGAGGAAACUAAAGGAAAAUAUCGGGUUCGCUUGAAUGCUUCGAUUGAUGUUGCAAGGUUUCUUUUAAAAGAAGGAAUGCCUUUUCGAGGCCAUGAUGAGAGUGAAACUUCUUCAAGAAGAGGAAACUUUUUAGAUCUCUUAAAGUGGUAUGCGGAUAAGAAUGAAGAUGUGAAACAAGUUGUGUUAGAAAAUGCUCCACAAAAUGACAUCAUGAUUUGUCCAAGUAUUCAAAAAGACAUUGUGAGUUCUUGUGCAAAAGAAACAGUGAAAGCAAUUGUUGAAGACUUAAAUGGGGAUUACUUUGGGAUAUUAGAUGAGUCUAAGGAUGUCUCUCAUAAAGAACAAAUGGCUCUUAUUCUACGGUACGUCAACAAAGAGGGUAAACUAAUGGACCGAUUCCUUAGUGUUGUUCAUGUUAAAGAUACAUCUGCAAGAUCGUUGAAAGACACGAUAUAUUCUUUACUUUUAGAACAUAAUUUGAGUUCAUCUCAAAUUCGGGGACAAGGUUAUGAUGGAGCUAGUAAUAUGCAGGGAGAAAUCAAUGGUCUUAAAACUUUGAUUAUGAAAGAUUCUCCUUCGGCAUAUUGCACACAUUGCUUUGCUCAUCAAUUGCAAUUGACUCUUGUAGCUGUUGCGAAGAAGCAUCAUGAGGUAGAUCAAUUUUUUGAUAUUCUUGCUAAUGUUUUGAAUGUUGUUGGAGGUUCUUUUAAGCGUAGGGAGGUGCUUAGAGACGAUCAAGCAGAAAAAUUAAAGGAGCUACUAGUGCUUGGUGAAGUUCAUACAGGAAGUGGAUUGAAUCAAGAACUUGGGCUUCAAAGGGCAGGGGAUACACGUUGGAGUUCUCAUUUUAAGACAAUGCGUAACUUUAUUAUUUUAUUCUCUUCAAUUAUUCGUGUACUUGGAGUUCUUGCUAAGGAGGGUUCAAAUUAUCAAGAGAGAUCACUGGCAAAAAUUUUAGUAGAUGACAUAAGAUCUUAUGAGUUUGUGUAUACAUUGCAUUUGAUGUUGAAAGUGUUAGCAAUUACACAUGAUUUGAAUAUGGCCUUGCAAAGAAAAGAUCAAGAUAUCAUAAGUGCGAUGAACCUUGUUGGUUUCACAAAGAGACAAUUGCAAUCUAUGAGAGAGUCUAAAUGGGAUUCUUUGGUAAAAGACGUCUCUUCAUUUUGUGUCAAGCAUGAUAUUAUGAUCCCCGAAAUGGAUAAAAAUUGUGCUCUUGGAAAAUCAAAGCGUAAGAGCUUAAGUGUUAAAUAUUCUCAUCAUUUGCGUGUAGAAGUUUUUGAUGCUGUAAUUGAUUUGCAACUUGCAGAGCUUAACAAUCGUUUUGAUGAAGUGAAUACCGAUCUACUUCUUGAUAUGGCUAGUUUGAGUUCGGAUAAUUCUUUUGCAAAUUAUGAUAAAGAGAGGAUUAUGAAACUUGCUACACAUCAUCGGGAUGAGUUUAGUGUUUCCAUGCUUGAGAAUCUUAGUUUUGAGCUUGACAACUAUAUUGACUAUGUACGAGAAGUGAACAAUGCUUUCUCUAACUUGAAAAGACUUGGAGAUCUUUCAGAGACAUUGGUUAAAACAAAUUUGCACAAGACUUGGAGACUUGUUUAUUUGCUUGUGAAGUUGAGCUUAAUAUUACCUAUCGCUACUGCAACAGUGGAAAGAGCUUUUUCUUCGAUGAAGUAUAUUAAAAAUGACUUGCGUAGCAGAAUUGGUGAUGAAAUUUUUGAAUGA